GUAGGGAGGCUGCGGUUCCCCGACGCCGCAGAGCGCUCCGCCAGCUCGGGCUCAGCACCGCGACGUCCGGGGUCGGUGGACGCUCUCAGGCCUUGGCCGUCUCCCUCUCUCCUCUUGCCUCGGGGCAGGUUGGCCCUUGGUCUCCUCCGAAGGUCCGGAGAGAGGAGGCGCGGCCGUGGAGCCCGGGAAAGCGGCGAUGGAGCAGAGGUCACAGAAGAGUUCGCGGGGCGGCGCGGGUUCGACGCCCGGGCGGGUCCCCGCGUCUAGGCCCCCCGCAUCCUGGACGCUCGCGUCCCGUCCCGCACAGCCGCGGGGCUCGAGGCUCUGGCUCUUCCCCAGUGCCGCCGGACUCCGCAGCGCGCUGUCCCGGAGGACCGAGGCGACACGCCAGAUGUGCUGCACGCACGGGCGUCUGGCGGUGCUGGAGCGUGGCGGGGCCGGCAUCGAGGUCCACCAGCUGCUGGCGGAGAGCGACGGCGCCAGGAAGCCGAAGUGCAUUAAGUUAGGAAAAAAGAUGAAGAUACAUUCCAUGGACCAAGGAGUGGAGCACAUGCUGAUUCUGUCCUCAGACGGAAAACCAUUUGAGUACAACUAUAGCAUGGAACACGCAAGGUUUCAGUGCAUUUUACAAGAAAAAAGUAUAAUUCAGAUCACAUGUGGAGACUAUCAUUCUCUUGCACUCGCAAAAGGUGGUGAGCUUUAUGCUUGGGGCCAGAACUUACACGGCCAGCUAGGAGUUGGAAGUGAAUGUACCUCAACCCCCACACCGCAGAUUGUGGAGCACCUGUCGGGAGUCCCCUUGGUUCAGAUUUCUGCGGGAGAAGCCCACAGCCUGGCCUUAUCCAUGUCCGGAAACGUUUACUCAUGGGGAAGAAAUGAUUUUGGACAGCUGGGCCUGGGCCACACCGACAAUAAAGAUUAUCCUGCCCUCAUUGAAGCACUGGACAAUCAGACAAUUGAAUUUCUCGCUUGUGGCGGCUCUCACAGUGCCCUGCUCACGAAGGAUGGGCUGGUGUUCACUUUCGGUGCUGGAAAAUAUGGGCAACUCGGUCACAAUUCAACACAGAAUGAGUUAAAACCCUGUUUGGUGACUGGGCUCGUUGGGAAUAGAGUGACCCAGAUAGCAUGUGGAAGGCGGCACACACUUGCCUUUGUUUCUGAUUUGGGGAAGGUCUUUUCUUUUGGUUCUGGAAAAGAAGGACAACUGGGAAACGGUGGGACACACAAUCAGCUGAUACCACUUCCCAUGAAAUUGUCAUCAAAUGAAGAGCUCAAAUUUGAAAGCCGCACCUCAGAAAAGGAGUUAAUAAUGAUUGCUGGAGGGAAUCAAAGCAUUUUGCUUUGGAUGGAAAAAGAGAAUUCCUAUGUUAAUCUGAGGAGGAAAAUUCCUACCUUGAAUGAAGGCACUGUGAAGAGAUGGAUUGCUGAUGUGGGGACUAAACGGUGGCAAAAUACAAAAAGGGAAAUCAGAGAGAUAUUUUCAUCUACUGCGUGUCUGACUGGAAGUUUUUUAAGGGAAAGAAUAGCUGGAGAAAUGGUGUCUAUUCAUUUGGACUUAAAUAUAGCAAGAAACAUCUUUAAGAAGUUAACCCAAAAGGACUGGAUUACUAACACGAUAACCACGUGUCUCAGGGAAAAUCUGAUCAAAAGUCUUCCAUUUCAUUCUCCACACCAAGAAGCUUUAGCAGUUUUCUUCCUUCUCCCAGAAUGUCCCGUGAUGCAUGAUUAUAACAACUGGGAGAGCCUGGUGGUUCCGUUUGCUGAGGCUGUUUGUAAAAUGAGUGGUCAGUCAUCAAGGGUUCUGGAGGAAUAUUGGGCUUCUCUGCAAGAAUCUACUUUCAUCACACUGGUCCAGAUGUUUAAAAACGCCAUCGUUGCUCAACUGCAUUAUUGGAAUGAAAGUGCUGAGAAUAACUGUCACAUUAAAGCUCUGCUAGAAAUGUUAAAAAAGCUGCACAGGGUAAACCAGACUAAAUAUCAAUUGCCUGAAAAUAUCUUCAAAGUAAAUGAACUCACGCACUGGCUUGAUUUUUAUGCAGACGCAUGUAAAAGGUCAUCUUGGAAAAUGAACUCAGACACUUCAGUAGACAUCCAGUCUCCUGUCAUAUUCAGUCAUUUUCCAUUUAUCUUUAACAUUCUGUCGAAAAUUAAACUACUGUAUGCAGACUCGCUUUUAAAAAUACAGGAGAAGAAAUUACGCAUGUGUAUGAGGUUGGCUGGCAUUAUGGGACGAGAAGGGUCCCCACUGGCCUUGCUGCCCACCUUUAACCUAACAGUCAGAAGGAAUCACUUGAUUGAGGAUGCUUUGAAUCAGCUAAAUCAGUUCGAGAAUGAAGAUCUGAGGAGGGAGUUACUGGUUUCAUUUAGUGGAGAAAUUGGAUAUGACUUUGGAGGUGUCAGGGCAGAGUUUUUCCACUGUCUGUUUAAAGAAAUGACCCGACCAGAGUACGGCUUGUUCACAUAUCCUGAAGAGGCUUCCUGCAUGUGGUUUCCUGUCAAGCCUCUAUUUGAGAAGAAGAGUUACUUCUUCUUUGGGGUUCUGUGUGGACUUUGUCUGUUCAAUUGCAAUGUUGCCAACAUCCCUUUCCCACUGGCUCUGUUUAAGAAACUUUUGGACCAAACACCAUCAUUAGAAGACUUGAAAGAACUCAGUCCUGUUUUGGGAAAGAGUUUGCAAACACUUCUGGAUGAUGAAGGCAAUGACUUUGGGGAAGUAUUUCACGUCUGUUUUAAUGUGCACUGGGACAAAAAUGAUGUAGACUUAAUUCCUGAUGGAAGUCACGUAAUUGUCAGCCAGACUAACAAGAGAGACUAUGUUUCUAAGUAUGUCAAUUACAUCUUCAACAUCUCUGUAAAGGCAGUUUAUGAAGAGUUUCAAAGAGGAUUUUAUAAAGUGUGUGACAAGGAGAUUAUUGAAUUUUUCCAUCCUGAAGAACUCAAGGAUGUGAUUAUUGGAAAUACAGAUUACGACUGGGAAACAUUUGAAAAGAAUGCACAUUAUGCACAAGGAUACGACAAUUCACAUCCCACCAUAGUGAUGUUUUGGAAGGCUUUACACAAAUUGACUUUGGAGGAAAAGAAAAAAUUCCUUGUAUUUCUUACAGGAACCGACAGAAUUCAAGUAAAAGGUUUACAGAACAUGAAAAUAACAUUUUGCUGUCCUGAAAAUUUGAAUGAGAGAGAUCCCAUAAGAGCACAGACAUGUUUUAGUGUCCUCUACCUCCCUAAAUACUCUACAAUGGAAAGGGUGGAAGAAGCACUUCAGGUAGCCAUCAACAACAACAGGGGCUUCGGCUGACCCUGCCCCGCACUCCUUACCCCUUUGGGGAAAUGCUUUCAAAAAUAAAAUUAACUCAAAAAUUAA